CACUCUCUGUGGAGUGCAGCCUAUGAAAUCAAAGUUACAAAACAACAAGAAACAACAGUGUUGUAGCAGAAUCAGAGCAAAGUAUCAAAAUUUUCUUAAAAUCUCUUGAGAGAUUUACUCUAUAAGAGUAUAAAAAAGAAACCCCAGUGAGCCCCAAAUCAAAACUAGGGUUCCAAGUUGAAAGAAAGGAUGAAAGCCUCUCUGAUGUUCCGGGAAGAACAGCAGAAGCCCUUGUUUAGGGCGAAGGUGCCGCUGAGCGUUCUGGGAAUGCCCUUUCAAUCUGGCAUCGUCGCUGGUGAAACCAAAGAACUAACUCUCAACCUUUCUACCUUUUUCGAAUCAGGUCCUUCGCUUAAAGUGGCGUAUCGACCUAACGAUUCCAAGAACCCUUUCUCGCUCAUAGUGAAAACGGGANCCGGACCCUUCGNUUCCCCUCUCAAGAGCUCCAUGCUCAUGAGCUGCGAGUUCAAUCUUCCCUCCCGAACCGGUUCCCCGCUCUUCAUGCUCCACUUCAAACCCCGCUUCGGGGACUUCACAUUCAAGAAGACCCAGACCUCCAUCUUCGACGGAAAACCCUUUUGCAACGCGCAAAACGACGUCGUCGUCGUCGACGACACCGUUCAAGUCGAAACGCCGUCGUUCGCCGGCGCCAAGAUUCCUGUUCUGGACACGAAUUCCCGCGCCGCGGGCGCCGUUGCGGGGAUGUUCUCCGGCGUUGAGGUGUCCGCCCGUACAACGCUCCCCGUGCGGGGUCGCGCCGCCGUGAAGUUCCGCUGGGGGGUUAGAGUUCCGGCGGAGUUCAAGGGCGACGGCGCGUUCCAGCGGAUUCCGUUUCUCGUGAUGGACAAGAUCGGCGUGGAGCACAUGAUGGACUGCGGUGAGGCAAAGAAGGGCAUGGUGAACGCCGCCACUGGGGCUCCUGCGAGUGCUGACGUGGCGGAGGCGUGCUUCGCGGUGAAACGGCAGAUGGAGGUCCUCCAGACGGAGAACGGAUUGCUGAGGAACGCCGUGGAGGAUCUCCGGCGAGAAAUUGUUGGCGUUCGAAGCGGAGGUUCGGAGUUUAGUAAGUGGAAAAACCCUAAAAAGAACGACAAGAAAAUAUCGUCGGAUUAUGGUGGUUUUUCGGGGAAAUCGACGGAGGUUGAAGUGAGUGAGGAAUUGAAGAAGGCGUUGAUGGGAGGUGCUUCUUCUGGUGCUUGAAUUUGAAUCCGUUGGAUCGAAAUAUUGUUCUUUUAUGGUGUAUUGUCUAUAACCUUUUUUGGGAUGGGUAGAAUUCUGUUUUUCUCUUUCAAAAUUUAUAAAUUCAGUUUUGAAGCUGCGAAUCUUCUUUACUGUUAUGCAUGUUAUGGUGUAUAGGUUGGUUCGUCAAGGCUUGUUCCUGUGUUCAAUUUUGAAGCUAUGAAUGAAGGACCAUGAAGUUAAGCAGAGUCAGAUUAUGAAUUGGUGUCACUGGUUACUUUAAAAUAUGAAAUUUAUAUGUUAGCGGUAGAUGUUAGAUCAGACUAUGAACGUUUGGUUUGGUGUGAAUUGGGUAAACAACUUUUGAAUGUGAAGAGAAUGCAUUCAUUUUGGUUAUUUGUUUUCAUUGUUGUGAUUAGAAUUCAUUCGUGUUAGUGAGUUCAACAUUUCAAUAUGAUUACAGGGCAAGAGACAGAUGUGUGAGAUUGAUGGGGGGCAGUGGUUCUUGAACAAUUGAAUCAAUGGAAAAAGGCACUUCAGAUUGUGCUUUUUUUUCACGGAAUUCAAACUGGGUUUUUGGUGGGUUGUUUACAACUUUCAGCUGUUUUUGCUCAAUGCCAUUUUGAGAUUGAGAUUCUUCUUGUUGCUUGGUGAUUUUGGUUUUAGGAGGAAUUAAAUUUUCAACUUUAAGCAUUUGCUUAAUACUCUAUGUCAGAUAUUUGAAGCUA